AUGACGGCGGCCAGGGAGGAGGGCGGAGGGGCGGUGCGCACUCGCUAUGGGCUGAUCGCGCUGACCGCCGGCAAUUCCAAGGUCGCCUUGGUGCGCGUCUCAGACACGGGGGCCUGGCAGUUCCCGUCGGUGCUGCCCGCGCGAGAGACGGAGCGGCUGGAGGAGCAGCUGGAGGCGGCGCUGAGCGUGGGGCAGCAGCAGCUGGGCCUGGACGUCACAAAGCACCUGUGCUCGCAGCCCGUGAUCCACGCGCUGGGCCCCGAGCCGCGCGUCUCCACCAAGUUCUUUCUUGCCUUCAACGUGCCAGAGGCGGCGCUGGCGCCCGCGGGCGGCGCGGCGGAGGUGCAGGGCGCGCAGGCGGCAUCCUGGGAGGCGCUGCAGGGCCUGCUGGAUGAGACAGCGGAUCAGCCGGUGGCGGGCAACCAGCUGGUGGCGGUGCUGCGCCAGCUGCAGGGCAUGGUGAAGCGGCAGUACGAAAUGGUCAUGCCCGCCGACGACGGCUACCAGCGUGUGGCGGCGCUGCUGAGCUGGCACGAGAGCGGGGCCGCCGCCUGGCGCGGUCCCGCGCCCAAGGCCUUCCUGGAGCAGCACUGCCGGGACCACAAGCUGCCGGCCCCUUGCUUCAACGUGUUUGAGCACGACCGCACCCCCGCGCGCACCCACUUCUGCGCCACCUGCCUGCUGCCACACGCGGGUCUCCAGCUCACGCCCGACGCGGUCUACCCCUCUCCCCUGGAUGCCAUGGAAAACGCCGCCCUGCUGGCGCUGCUGUACCUCGACGGCUCGCUGGCGCCGGGCUGCAGCCUGGUGCACUUUGCGCCUGCGGGAGACAUGGCGCAGGUGCCUCACGCCUUUGUGACAGAGCAUGAGCUUCGGCUGGAUGCCGCGGUGGUGGCGGGGGAGGCGGAGCGGCAGAAGCGGGAGAUUGAGAAGCAGGUGCAGCGGGAGCAGGCAGCCCUGCAGCGGCGCAUGGACGAGCUCAAACGGCAGCAGGAGGCGCUGGCUUCAGGCGGCAUCCCAGGACCCCUGUCCCCUCGCCCCGGCGCGCAGCCCCAGUCCCAGCAGCAGCAGCAGCAGCAGCAGCAGCAGCAGCAGCAGGCGGGCGGCGGCGAGCGCCAGCCCAAGCGGCCCAAGCUGGAGAAGGCGCCGCUGAGCAUAGGGCAGGCGCUGGCGCAGAUACCGGCGGCCAAGAACCCGCUGAUGGCCAUCAAGGAGCUGUGCGACAAGUGCCGCUUCCCGCUGGCUCAGUAUGAGGAGGUGAAGGGCCGCGACGGGCGCACCACCGUGACCGUGAGCCUGCCAGAGGCGGGCGUGCAGCGCACUGUUGGGCCGCCACAUGAGGACAAGAAGCAGGCGCGGAUGGUGGCGGUGGUGUUGGAAGCGCUGCGGAAACAGCACCCGGUGGGAUAG